AUGCACUCCAACGGCCCCGUCAAGGAAUGCCCAUUCGCUUCUUUCAAGUACAAAACCAUCCGAGUCUUCAGGUUUCGGCCAGUCUACAGACGUGGUCACGAGAUUCUCGAUAAACGAAGAUCAAGCUCGUCGGCUUUUCAACAUGUCCGUAACCGAUUCCCGCCUCAGGCCCGUAUGAACUUCCUGGUUUUAACAAACGAUAGAUACAUGAUCGGAAGCAAUCCCUACCUCCCUCUCUUUGAACCGACUUUGGAUACAUUCGAUAAGAUUCGCCAGUCUUCGUCUCUCCUCCUUGCGUCCAUCCUCUCGGUUGCGAGCAGGACUGAGGAUGGGAUGGAGCAUCUAUCUGGACUUUUCCGUGAAGAAGCAAACAGGCUGGCAGGAGAAAGUCUUUUUGACAAUGUGGCCAGGCCCGAAACUGCCCAGGCUUUGCUAAUCCUUGCUGCGUGGUCGGAAAAAUCUUGGUUCGCUUUAAGCCAUGCCGUCAAUGUGGCUUUGGACCUCGGCAUCGACAGUUCCUUGAGCACAUUGACUGCAGAAGCAAGCUUGCCGAUCAAAAGUCUGAUCAAACUGGGUCGAGAGACGCGCACCUGGCUGAUAAUCUACCAUUUGGAACGCGAGAUCGCAUUCGGCACCGCUCGGAAAUCUCGUGUGGCUCGAGUCGAGGAAGAUGGGCUUCGAGCAUUCCGUCAUCACGCUUGUUCGCGCCAUUUGGAUGUUCGUUUCCUGUCCAUUAUUGACCUCGUGCAGCUACGAGAGAAGUGGCAGACAAUCAUUGAAGGUUAUACGAAUAUUGCAGCUGACGCCAUGGAUCUCGUGCGGGAUGCAAAAGAAUCCUUCCAUGCCUGGGAGAUGAACUGGGACCAGCAACAUGACGAUCGCGAGUACGACAUGGCUUCAUUCCAACGAGUCAGCUUGACUGUUCAAAGAAACUAUGCAACAAUCCUUGUCUACUGUGAAAUCCUCAGCGAACUGCAAAGACAGAAGUCUGGAGGCAGUCGUGUCGUCUUGGAUGCGUUCCACCAACUGAGCCGAGAGACACUGAUAUCGGCGACUGAUCAUCUUCAAUUCAUCACGAGCACAAGUUCAUUUAAAUGGCAGUUGAAGUUCUCGCCAACAUACUCUGCACUGACCAUCGCUUUUUCAGCGGCUCUGGCGCUCACCCUCGCGAAGACACACCCCACUAUCUCACACGAACGGUCUCUCGUCGCCAUUAUCCAGGAAAUAUCAAGUAUACUCGCCGAGUACCCGAAUCAGAAGUUUCAUCGGCUGGUCGAAUCCUUUCUGAAAAGAACGUCAGUGAGAAGCACAUCCUCUCGACCCCAGCCUGAGCAGAAAACCGCCACCACAACGACGCAGGGCCCAAAUCCAACGCAGUCGACAUCGACGCAUAGGAGGCACGUCGAUGAUUUCUCCCAAACUACUGAUACCACCUCCCUCAACCUCCACAGCGGUCAGAAUCCAGGGUGUGCGCCUACCAUCAGCGCGUUCGCCAACACCGCCAGUCUGUUCAGCCCGCCGGACAUGACUUUUCCGCACGAUAAAGAGUUGGAAGCGAUCCUUGGCCUACCUGCUGAGAGCUGGUUUCUCGACCCGUUCUCGCUAGAAGGAUUCAGUUUUGAUGGUGGGGCCUGA